UUUUUAUAUAAUUUGUAUUUUUGUGAAAAGGGAAAAAAUGGAGAAUAGUUACUACACAUUAACACCAACCUCUUCACAGACGUUUGCUUCCGAAGACAAACAAGAGAAUGAUAAUGUUAUCGACUGGCCACUGCCUACUCCCAGUCAAUCGAGUAACGCUUUUCUACAUGUAUUGGCCCCUUCCGAGCUCAAUAUGUCCAAUUUGAUGGAUCAUUCGAUAUGGCCGUUAACAAAUGCGGCGACACCAUCCACCAGUACAUCGACAAACGCGAGCACAAAUUAUAUGGAUACAUUUAAUCCUUUAUUCACAAACGCUUCGAGUUGGUUACCUGAAGUCAAACAAGAGUGGCCACUACAGCAUUUUUCUCUAGAUCAACCCAAAAGACCACAGGUCAUGAUGUUUCCUCCAACACCACCCGAGAGCGCACCACUGACACUUAUAAAUGAAGAAGGACCUAAAAAUAUGGGCUUCAAUCCUAUCGUGUACCCUCUCUCACGCCGAAAAUCAGCUCGUGAGAUCACUCCACCGCCUUCAGCCAGCAACAGUCCACCCAAGAACUGUUUAGCCAUCAAACGCACUGUUCGUCGAAAAUCAGACGAGACAUACAACAAGCCUACUCGCACCUACCGUCGUCGGGCUUCUUCGCAUCCUUCUGUCGCUUCUGUUGUUUCACUGACAGCUCAUGAACCAGCAACACUCUACAUCAAUGGUGUUGAACACAUCAAUUUUCUCUAUUCGCAUGAACGACAAGUAAGAGAAUACACCAUUCGCACCGAUGUCGAGAGCGUCAAUAUGGACGACGUACCAGAAGACUUUCGUGGUCAAAAUGCUGUAAGUGAUGUCAUAAUACGGUCAUUGAAUAUAAUGAUUUAAUGAAUGAUAGAUCUAUCCUAGAGCCAACGUGCCCAGAGAGGAAUAUGAUGGAAACAGAUGGGAAUAUGAAACAACUUGUAACAGAUUGGGUUGGCAACUCUGCUGGUUAAACAGAAGUCAACUCUCCGGUCGUCGUGGUCUCAUCCAGAGAGCUGUGGAUUCUUAUCGCAAUCGUCAUGCCGAAAUGCGUUCGCGUCGUGUAACCCGUCAAGAAAAAUUGGCAAAUGGUACACUUAGAAAACGAAGAGUUAAAAAGUCAAACGAUGGAGUUUUCAUGUAAUUCAUCCUAAUCCUAUACAUUUUUUUUCUU